AUGUAUCGCAUGGCUGUACUAGCAAUGUCUUUGGAAGGCCAGAUCGAAGGCAAGUGUAUGAGCACUAUACUCUCAACGAUGGGUUUAGGGCUCGAUGUUGCUCGCGCUGUUAUGAUGAGUUUGGUGCAUGAUUUGGCUGAAGCUAUCGUUGGUGACAUUACUCCACAUUGUGGCAUAAGUGAUGAAGAAAAGAACGAUCGGGAAGACAAGGCAGGUCACGAGUUUAUUGCUAUCCAGCAAAUUGCAUCGUAUGUGCCUGUGAACGCUGUUGGUGAUCAAUGGGUUGAACUGUGGAGGGAAUAUGAAGCUCAGGAGACCUUGGUAGCGAAGGUUGUAAAGCAUCUGGACAAAUAUGACAUGGUCGUGCAAGCUUUUGAUUACGAGCGGAAAUAUGGGCUAGAUCUGGAGCAGUUUUUCGAAACGACGAAAAGCGCCUUCACUAUAGCACCCUUUGUCGAAUGGGACCACGAACUACGAAGUCGUCGAGAGCAUUUUCUAAGAGAAGCUUCAUCGGAAUAA